CUGCGGAAGCGACCGCGAAGAAGUGGUGGGACUUCUGCAAGUGCUUCCGGCGAGGUCCCUGCGUGGGGAGUUCUGAGCUCUGAGGUCCAAGCUUCUGCAGAAGAUGUUUUAUCAUAUUUCCCUGGAGCACGAGAUCCUCCUGCACCCGCGCUACUUCGGUCCCAACUUGCUCAACACGGUGAAGCAGAAGCUGUUUACCGAGGUGGAGGGGACCUGCACUGGGAAAUAUGGCUUUGUAAUUGCUGUCACCACCAUCGACAAUAUUGGUGCCGGUGUGAUCCAGCCAGGCCGAGGUUUUGUUCUUUAUCCGGUGAAAUACAAAGCUAUUGUUUUCCGGCCCUUUAAAGGUGAAGUGGUGGAUGCUGUGGUCACGCAGGUCAACAAGGUUGGACUUUUUACAGAAAUUGGGCCCAUGUCUUGCUUCAUCUCUCGACAUUCCAUCCCUUCAGAGAUGGAGUUUGAUCCGAAUUCAAACCCCCCUUGUUAUAAGACCAUGGAUGAGGACAUUGUGAUUCAGCAGGACGAUGAGAUACGUUUGAAGAUUGUAGGGACACGUGUUGACAAGAAUGACAUUUUUGCUAUUGGCUCUCUGAUGGACGAUUACUUGGGACUCGUGAGCUGAGUGAGGGAGCCUCCAGCCUGGUUUGGUACUGAUUUAGAAAGUGUGACUUUCCGUCUUGAGUUCAGCACCAACUUGACUUUCCUACAAGAGGUUCAAUCUGGAUACUGUUAGGGAGGCAAGGAAGGUUCCCUGUCCUCAGAACACUUCGGCUGCUUCUUCCAGCUAAGCUGUGAGCUCAGACUUUAUUCUGUGUUCUAACCAUAAACAUGUUGUCCUUGGGUCUCAUGGAAAUGUUGUCCUCUCUUGGUAGGAAUUAAAACUGUUUAUUUUAUUUAUUUUA